AUGGUUGCGCACUUACAAGGGCCGCGCCCGGCCUCCGUCGCACAACCAGCUUUUCUCUCUCUGUUUCGUGCUCUCCAGCUCUCGCCCUCCUCUGCUUUGCGUUGGGGUUUUCUAGGGUUUCCCAGAGGCGAGUUCUUGGCGAGUUCGUGUUCUGGGUGCAGGAGGUGCAGAUUCUUAUCUCGAGGAGGGGAGUUGGGCGUGCAAGAGGCUAUCUCCGUUCCUUCGUCGCCGGAGCAGACGGCCGUCAGUGGAAUCAUUAAGAUAGGCAGUGGAAAAUUUGUUUCAUUGGCUGCACAUUUGUCAACCAAAUACUGUGAGAAGGUGUGGAAAUUGUCACGAUCACUUGAGGCUGUGGUUGAAGUAACAAAGCUUUCUAGACUGGAGGCUUGGCCUAAGAGCUUUGAGGCAUCAAGGCCCACUGAUGACAACAUUGCGUUGUAUUUGUUGCCCACCGAGAUGAGGCAAGAUGCAGACCUGGAACAACUUGUUAAAGAAGUCAUGGAGAAUGAUAUGGUCCUGCGAGCUAUUGUUGGUGAAGCUGAGAUGCUGAUAUUCCCAUCUAUUCUACUGCCUGAGCAACACCAAACUUUCCAAGGAAAACCCUACCUGUGGGCGGUAUUUAAGUGCAGAAACGACAAGGUUCCCGUAGUGGAAGAGGAACAACAUGGCAAAGGACAUUGUGCACAGGAGAAGGGAAAACAGCAGGCUUCACAUUUCAGUGUGGGAGAAGGGUUAAACAUGGAUGCUGGACUCGAAGCUUCUGAGGAAGCGGAGAUGCAAGGCAUGGAGCAGGAACAAAAUCCCACUACGGCAAGUCCAGCAACAACUCCUACAGCUUCACCCAACACUCCAUGUCCUACAACUUCAGCUCCUACCGCAGCUGCCACAGUGUCUGCAAACCACGUACAGGUCCACUCAGGCUUUGCUGCUCCUACAGGGGCAUUGUUUGGUUUUGUGGUUCAGCGAACUCCACGACUCGAGCAACUCAUCCAAGAGAUGCAACGCGAAGGUGCUGUGAUGGUUGCAAUGCAAGGGCAGAUGAUAGGGCCAGGACUUGGCUUGGGCAGGCAGUAGCAACUGGGUUCAGAGAACGUGGACGAUAUGGCACGGAGCUCAUCUGGAUGUUUAGUCCUCGGCUGUUGUCGUCCAAGUGGCUAGGCAUGGAAGAUGACUGCCUUUGUGUGCACCAUCCUCUCUGUGCGUGUUUGCAGGAAUCCCCCUCAUAAGGUUCAGGCUUUUGCAUCCUGGUAUUCUAGUAACUUGUUACGAUCACACGGGCGUGAGGCCGAUCAUAGGGUGUCACUGAGGCGUGUACAUAAACAACGGAGCAAACACUUGGCUUAUGUAUUUCUCAUAAAAAUAUAUUAUGUUGUGCCAAUGUAUAUUUAUUUCAAACAUAAUGCAUUGACGUGUUAAUUUUAAAUAUAUUAUACAAUACCAAAUGGAUAUUAUAGA